AUGCCUCCAGCGCCCACAUCUCCUGAUCCAGAUGCUGAGCCGCUGCCACUCCGGCUCGAUACACCCCGCGCCAGUCACGGCCGACAACCCUCGCUGUCAAUCCAGUCAAAGAUGCGCUCAUCUUCAUUCCGCAAGACCUCAGUCUCCCAGGGCAGCGUCUCCCCGUCUCCGUCUACUGCAAACAAGUCCCCCGCACAAUCAUUACCGCCCCUAACCGGUGACGGGGAGUCGGUUCACGAAGUAUUCCGCAAACAGUCUACUAAGAUCGAGGAGCUUGAGAAAGAUAAUAAACGCUUGGAGAAGGACCUCUCGGAUGCAACUAUGCGCUGGCGCAAGACUGAGGAGCAAGUGGAGGAUCUGCGGGAAGCGAGUGUUGAUGGCGUGGAGUUGAAAGAGCAAUUGAAGAAGGCAGAGGAGAAGGUUGCAAGCAUCGAGUCGUUGAAAGAAGAAAUUGCUUCCCUCCAGCGGCAGAACUCACAGCUCCAGACCCGGUCACAUCGAAACACAAGUGCAACAGAGUCACCGCCAGCCGACCUUGUUCGUCAGCUCGAGUCCAAGUCAGCUACUAUUGAGUCUAUGGAGCUAGAGAUCUCAAAUCUUCGCGCCCAGGUCGCCUCCCAAACGUCCUCUAACGAUGCACACGAGUCUCAGGUCGCAGCGCUAGAGGAGAAGGUUUCAAAGACCCAAUCAUCACUAGAUCAAUCCCAGCGUGAACUGGCAGACAUCAAACAGGCAUUGGCGCGGGCCUCGGAGAAAGCAGUCAAGGAAGGCGUCGAUAAGACAUCUACCGAAACGCUGAUCAAGAAUCUCCAGCGUGAGAUCGAGGAGCACAAGAACGAAAAGAGCGAAUCGGAAAAGAAAAUCGAGACGCUAGACAAGAAACUCCAAGCAUUAGGCAAUCUUCACAAAGAAACUGAAGCCCGACACCAAACACGGUUACGUGAGAGCGAGAAAUCCGACAAAGAAAUCGCCGUCAUGCGGAAAAAGGUCGCCAGCAUCGAAAACGAGAACCUCCGCCUACGCGAAGAGAGUGAUCGGAUUCGGACUCGCCAGACUGGUGGAGGCGCCGACGAUGACGCCCUGGACGAGCUUGAGGACGAAGAACGCCAGCGCCUUGAGCGCCGAAUCCGCGAGUUAGAAGGGGAGGUCUUCGAUCUGCGCCGCGGUGUUUGGCAAGAGAAGCGGCAGGAGAUGGAGCACUACCCGGAUGACGGACCUAGCCCUGCCUCUGGCGACGCGGCCAAUGCAUUCGACGACGUUGACCUUGUCGGCGGACGACCCGACCAUGCCCGUCGCCGCAGUAUGGCCCAGCAGCAGCACUCCUCCUUCUCCACUGUGCUCUCUAGCGGCUUUGCUGCCUUCACAGGAGCUGCCGGCAACCGCGCCCGCGCUUCAUCGUCUAACCCGUCUCAUCCCCCUGGUACCCGUGGAAGUCUUGAACUUGUUUCCGAAGAAAACUUUGAUGACGAGUUCGAUGAAGAUGCAUUCGCGCGUGCACAGGCCGAGGAAGAAGGCCGCAAGCGUGUUGAGUGGAUGCGUGAUAUCAAGAGCAAGCUGCGUGACUGGAACGGCUGGCGUCUGGAUCUGGUCGAUAGUCGUGCCGGUGCAGAAGGGGCUGGCGUAGGCAUGGGUGAGAUAUUUGAGGUUUAG